AUGGAGCUUCUUUGUCUAUGUUGUGAAUGUUGUUUCCCAGAUCACGCCGACGGUUUUAAAUGUGGAGGUAUUGCUUGCUUUGGUUGCUGUUAUUGUUGCGCUGAAGGCUAUUCAAACAAUAUAUCUGGGAAUAAGUCAAGAGUCUAUAGAUUCAUAAACAUCGUUCUUAUUUCGAUAUUUACCGCUGUUGCUGUGGUUUUAACAUCGAUUAUCUAAAGCUAAACAUCCUUAUCUAAUCAACAAAUAACAAACAUUUUCGAUAAUUGGUAGCUUGGUGCUUUGACUGAUAUUUAAAUAUUUGACUUCUGCCCAGAAGAUUUUGAAUUACUUUCCUCCUAUUCCAUACCAGGAACGUAGGAUGGAUGUAUCUGUAUGGACGAUAGAGAGCUUUCAACAACCGAUUGCACAGAUUGGUAACUACUUCAGGGGUGUUAUAAUAUAGAAAUAAAAGACCCAAUAGACUUAUUUAAAUGGGCAUAACCUGCUAAUAACUCGUUUUAUGCUGUUGAGAUUUGUGGAAAGAGAUCUGCAUUACCAUUUUAUGACUUAUUAAAAAAUAAAAUAACAACUGCAGAAGAUUGUAAAGCAAAUGGGUACAAAGUAUGUUAAACUGAAUCCACAACAAACUUUUAUUGCGUUCUCUAAGAUGAAGCCUGUCCAUUAAGAGAAAUCAUAAUUAGUUCAUACCAACUCUCUGAAUACGACAUAUAAUAAAACAAUUAUAGUUUAAUUUAUGACAAGGGAUUUUAUACAUAUGUAGGUCUAUCAAAAGAAACCACUCCACUAAUGAAUUUUGCCAUUGUUAAAGGCAAGGGAGUAUGUUUUGAUAACAGCAAAUAUAGUCUGAAUCCUAAACUCGAAGAGGAUUACAUCUUGUUUGAUCCAGCCCCAGAAGAUUGUGUCUUAGAUGAUAGUUAUUUCUAGAUAUCAACUACAACUGAAAAAUAGUUGUUUCAACUUAACAAUAUUCUGUCGCUGGUUCAAUCAGAAAGACCUCUGUAUAACAUUAGUAGCAAAAUACAAUACUAAUUACUUGCUUAGAAUCAAAUAUAUUUUAAACAGGAUUGCAGAUCUAAUAAUUUUGAAUAACUAAUUGAUCUUGACUCAAGGUUUAAAAGUCAGAGCACUUUAAUUAUCUGUUAAUUAGUGUUUUCAUGCGUAUCAUUUGUAGUGAUAUUGAUUUUUAUGACAAAUGAAUUACAUCGUUGCUUUUAUAAAGAUUGUGGUAAAUGUUACGCAGGAUUUUAAUUUCUUAUCAAAGAACUUAUAGUUUAUUUACUUGGCAUAACUGUUAUUGUUGGCUAUUCAUUUAUGAUUGAUUUGGUCAUUACUUUAGAUGAUUUUACUAAAAAGAAUUGUUUCCCUUAAAGUGGCUAAGACAGAAUGAAUUAAGUGCAUGAUGGCUUGGUCAAUACUUCUUUGUCCCUUUCCUAUUGUCUCCUUGUAAACGUAGGUCUGAUGAUGGUAAUUAAUUUUUUCAUGUCAACCUUUACGUGUUUUAAAAAUUAUAAACUUCGUUUGAAGAUGCCAAGUUUCUUCACAAGGUAAAAAUCAUACAAUUAUGAUCCCUAUCGUUACAACCCAUAUGAUAAUAGAAAGAAGGAAGAUCCUAAUUAAAAUAAUAACUAAAAUCCUCCCGAUAAUUACUAAAACCCCCCCUAUAAUAACUAAAAUCAGAAUUAAUUUCAAUAUCAUAGCUAAAAUCCAAAUCCUUAUUAUAACUAAAAUCCAAAUCCUUAUUAGAACUAAAAUCCUUAUGAUUAGCGUUAUGGCAACCAUCAUGUUGUAGGGCAUAAUAACAAUCCAGAUCGAUAUAUGGGCUAUGGUAAUAAUAAUAACCCACUUCAAAAUCAAUAAUAUUACCCCCAUCAACUUUAGUAAAAUCCUCCUCCUUAAUAUUACGAAUAGUAAGAAUUUCAUAAUCGACCUCCUUAAUAAAAUUAUGUUUAAAAUCAAGAAGAUCCUCCAGUAAUCGAAGGAGAAAAUGAAAAAAAAUGAGAAAAUCCGAAUUCUAUUGAUAUUUAAGAAUUAAAGAAUUAUAUAAA